UUCCAUUUUACCAAACCCAAUUUCUCACUUCCACAGUAACCCCCAUACUAAAAACAAAGGAAAUACUAACAAAGCAAAAAAAAUGCGUGAGAUAUUACACAUUCAGGCAGGUCAAUGUGGGAACCAAAUCGGAGCCAAAUUCUGGGAAGUUAUAUGUGCCGAACACGGCAUUGAUUCAACAGGAAGGUACAAAGGUGACAAUGACCUUCAAUUAGAGCGCGUGAAUGUUUACUACAACGAAGCAAGUUGUGGAAGGUUUGUUCCACGCGCGGUACUCAUGGAUUUGGAACCAGGAACUAUGGACAGUGUUAGAUCAGGUCCUUACGGUCAGAUAUUCCGACCGGACAACUUCGUGUUUGGUCAGUCAGGUGCUGGUAAUAACUGGGCUAAAGGACAUUAUACUGAGGGAGCGGAACUUAUUGAUUCGGUUCUUGAUGUUGUAAGGAAGGAAGCUGAGAACAGUGAUUGCUUACAAGGUUUUCAGGUUUGUCACUCUUUGGGAGGUGGAACUGGAUCAGGAAUGGGAACUCUCCUGAUAUCUAAGAUCAGGGAAGAGUACCCAGACAGAAUGAUGCUUACUUUCUCUGUAUUCCCUUCCCCGAAAGUUUCAGACACUGUUGUUGAGCCCUAUAAUGCUACUCUCUCUGUUCACCAGCUUGUUGAGAAUGCAGAUGAGUGUAUGGUCUUGGACAAUGAAGCUCUUUAUGACAUUUGCUUCCGAACUCUCAAACUUACUACCCCAAGCUUUGGAGACCUUAAUCAUCUGAUUUCUGCCACCAUGAGUGGUGUAACUUGCUGCCUCCGAUUCCCUGGUCAGCUCAAUUCUGAUCUCCGCAAGCUUGCUGUCAACCUCAUCCCAUUCCCUCGAUUGCAUUUCUUCAUGGUUGGAUUUGCUCCACUCACUUCUCGUGGGUCACAGCAAUACAGAGCCCUGACUGUUCCCGAGCUCACACAGCAGAUGUGGGAUGCAAAGAACAUGAUGUGUGCUGCUGAUCCUCGUCAUGGUCGUUAUCUGACUGCUUCAGCAAUGUUCCGGGGAAAAAUGAGCACCAAGGAAGUUGAUGAGCAAAUGAUUAAUGUACAGAACAAGAACUCUUCCUAUUUUGUGGAGUGGAUUCCAAACAAUGUGAAGUCUACCGUCUGUGACAUCCCUCCAACUGGACUGAAGAUGGCCUCAACUUUUAUUGGCAAUUCCACCUCAAUUCAGGAGAUGUUCCGUAGGGUCAGCGAGCAGUUUACAGCAAUGUUUCGAAGAAAGGCUUUCUUGCACUGGUACACUGGAGAAGGUAUGGAUGAGAUGGAGUUUACGGAGGCUGAAAGCAACAUGAACGAUCUAGUUUCUGAGUACCAACAGUAUCAAGAUGCAUCAGCUGAGGAGGAAGGUUAUGACUAUGAAGACGAGGAGGAAGAAGGUCAAGAAGCUUAACUAGUUCAGUUCAUGGAGAAUUUGAGUGCUGUUAUGCAGUCGUAGCACUGUUCAUUCUUUUAAAUCAUGUUUAGACCGAGUUUGGAUUUUUGUUUUGCGUUUGACAUCAUGGUGGGACAGUUCCUCAAUCCCUUGUAGUUAUAGUUGGUGUUGCUUCACAUACCUAUCACUAAAAUCUAGCUCUUUGAAUUGUAUUAGUACCAAUAUUUUGUCUUGAGGGAAGUGUGGCUCAGUUCAAAAGAAUAUGAAAUGUUAGUUGUACAAA